AGAGGCUCCCGCGUGGAGUGCUGCAAGCAGCAAAACAAGGUGAUUAAGCGUUAUCGCGCCAUCACUGAAUGAGAGUGGUUUUCGGCAUGAUUGAAGUCAGGGUCCGAGGCUGAUGGGUCAUCCUGAUGGCGAAUCACUACCAUUGAGCCCCGGCGGAGCCAUCUAAAAAGCAUGCGAGGGGGUAGUGUAUGCCUUGCUCGCUUCCCUAUUCCCCUCAACUACUCACCAUAAUCUUGGUCAACCGACUAGUGCACAUCAUCAAGCCUAUUUGUCUGCUCCUUCGACUUUCCUAAACCAGUUCUCUUCGCCUUCUCGGCAUAGAGUCUGCCAGGUUGUUGGCGGCAUUACUUCGUUAACACCUCAUUCUUCCCAACAACGUACGAGGCAAGGGUCCUGACGAGACAAGAUGUCAUCGAGGUCGGCGAAAAGCAUUUUACGCGACGUAGAACCAGGUUGUAAGACCGGUUUGUAUUAUAUUACCAUUGCCAAUCUUCCCUUUAUGACCAAUUGGCGCGAAAUCAAAGACUGGCUCCAGUGCUGCUGCGCUGUUGAACAUGUUGAGAUAUUCAAUAGCAGCACUUCGGGCUGGGUCAGGGUCAAGGGGGAAGAGAACUUCCUUCGGGCAUGGGCUCUGCUGAAUCAAGGUGAAUUCGGCGGGAGAAGCAUUAUUGCUGAUGGUCGCAAUGCAACGGAACGAAUCAAGAUCAAGGACCUCGUCGAUGCAACCCAAAAGCCAGCACCUCAGUUUCAAACCACAUCCGCCUUAAAUUCUCCCUCGUACUCUGGUCGGUGGUCAGCUGGCACCGAGCCUGCACCUGCCGUUGGUAGCCCAUUCGUUCAGCCGCCUGCCUUUGGAUAUGGGGCUACGCCGCCGGCUUUUUAUUCUCCCACAGAGGCAGCUGCAGCUCAUCCAACCGCCGCUACCUCGAGAUACCAAUACGAGAACCUGGAUACUCGAGCCCAGGUUGACUAUGGGCAUGGGGCAUACUCGCCUUCCUCACAGUAUAACGUACAGGGACAUGCUGAGAGCGAAAUGCCUGGGCCGUACGAUCAUUCGGACCAAUGGUCAGCAGCGGACCAGCGGAGGAUUCUCAUCACGCACCUCGGUCACAACACUUCGGAGGACCAGGUCCGCAAGAUGGUCAAAAGCUCAGCGAGGAAGCUAACCACGGACAAAAGCCAACUGCAGCACAUAGACUUCCCACGGGCGCGGGAUGGUCGGCUACGUGGCCAUGUAUAUGUGACAUUCAAGAGCCGCGACAUGGCUGAAAAAGUGGCCGACGAUUUGAAUGGAAGGCCAUUUCAACGACAACACCUGGAAGCAAGGCUUAUAGGUGACAGUGCUCGUGAGCCACCUUACGAUUUUCCUCCUCAGAAAAAGGCCAAGGAGGAAAAGAGCCUGGACAAGCGCAAAGAUCGGUGCAGCAAAAGGGGAAAGGAGAAGAAAGAAGUCACCAAAAGCAGGGGGAGGGACAACGAGGGUUUGCAGCAGUCGACAUAUGAGCUGUUCGACAAAUUGGCACUGGACGACCGGGACUGGGCCGAGGGUCAUGGAAGACAACGAAUCCAGCCUGUCAUUGCCGACGGAUCCAGCCGGUGGUCAAGAUCGCCCGACAGCCAACGAUUCGGGGGCUCAGGGUCUGAUUUCUAACUUCGAGUUGGGCCGGUUUCUGUUCUCGUCAUCAAGGUCUAUAUGUAUCCAGCUAUUUAUUGUUCCUGCUCUGUUUUCGGAUCACCCAAGUCAAGCCCCGUCAGCCCCGGUCAGCAGGCUUGCCGCUACGUUGUUGCCGCCCUUUUGGGGCGGAGUUGAUUAGAAAACACCAGAGAACAAGAUGCCACAAAUCUGACAAAAC